AUUAUCAAAUUUUGAAAAAACAAUAAAAAAAGAAAUCAAUUCAUCGUUCUCCUCACCUCCCUCCGAUUUAUUUUAGGGAUCUCUUGCUCUCUCUCUACUCUCUGCAACUUAACCAAGAAGAAACACGCACACAAACACACACUCACUCUCUCUCUCUCUCUAUACGUAUAGAUACUCAUACUCACGCACAUUGUUUCUCUCUCUACAAUUCCUUCUAACUCACUCACUCACUCAAACAAUAAUCAAACAAUCUUCUCCACUUUAACAAAUCACCAUGUGAACCUCUGACAACACACACACACACACAAAUUCCGGUAUCUCACUUUUGAAAAGUUCCGAUUGCUUAUAAUAUACUUAAAUAAUCAUUGAAUUUGAUCGAUAAAUGGCAGCUUCUUCAUCCAGAGGAAGAAACAGUCCGCCAUUACACCACCGGAAACCGUCGAGUCCGUUUUCCUCAUCUUCAUCUACCUCAUCGUUCAAGCAGAUCGUUCCGAAAUCCUGCUCUUCUUCUUCCGCUACGACGUCGUUCUACGGUGCUUCCGGUAACGGUAACGGUUCUAGAUCCACACCUCGGUCUGACUCGAUGUAUUCCAAAGGAGGUGGUUACGGCGGCCGCUCGCCGGUAGGUUUUCCGUUAUCAGAUGAACUUGUUGGAGAACCGGUUGAUAGUGUACCGAGAUCGGGAGCCGGAGAUAGUAUUUCUGUGACGGUUAGGUUUAGGCCUUUGAGUGAACGAGAGUAUCAGAAAGGAGACGAGAUUGCGUGGUAUCCGGAUGGAGACAAGCUCGUGCGCAACGAGUAUAAUCCUGUGACUUCCUAUGCGUUUGAUAGAGUUUUUGGACCGUCUGCUGUUACUCAAGAGGUGUAUGAAGUAGCUGCUCGACCGGUUGUGAAGACUGCUAUGGAAGGAGUAAACGGUACUGUCUUUGCUUAUGGUGUUACAAGCAGCGGGAAGACACAUACAAUGCAUGGUGAUCACCUUUCUCCUGGAAUAAUACCAUUGGCCAUAAAGGAUGUUUUUAGCAUUAUACAGGAUACUCCAGGAAGGGAGUUCUUGUUGCGUGUGUCAUAUUUAGAGAUCUACAACGAGGUGAUCAAUGAUUUGCUCGAUCCAACUGGACAAAAUCUGAGGAUUCGAGAAGAUGCACAGGGUACAUAUGUUGAGGGUAUAAAGGAAGAGGUUGUCUUGUCCCCUGGACAUGCCCUUUCUUUCAUUGCUGCUGGUGAAGAGCACCGCCAUGUUGGUUCAAAUAAUUUUAAUCUGCUUAGUAGCCGUAGUCACACUAUAUUUACUCUGAUGAUUGAAAGCAGCGCUCAUGGUGACGAGUAUGAUGGAGUGGUCUUUUCUCAACUUAAUCUAAUUGAUCUUGCCGGAUCAGAGAGCUCAAAAACUGAAACAACUGGACUAAGGAGGAAGGAAGGAUCUUACAUAAACAAAAGCCUUCUAACCCUUGGAACUGUAAUUGGAAAGCUUAGUGAGGGGAAGGCAUCUCAUGUUCCGUAUAGAGAUUCCAAGCUUACUCGACUACUACAAUCUUCAUUGAGUGGCCAUGGACAUGUUUCACUUAUCUGUACCAUAACUCCAGCUUCUAGUAAUAUGGAGGAGACACACAAUACAUUAAAAUUUGCAAGCAGGGCAAAGCGUAUUGAAACCUAUGCUUCUCGGAAUAAGAUUAUUGAUGAGAAGUCUCUAAUUAAGAAGUACCAACGAGAAAUAUCAGUUCUUAAACAAGAGCUUGAUCAGCUUAGAAGGGGGAUGCUUAUAGGUGUUAAUCCUGAGGAGAUAAUGAGCUUAAAACAAAAGUUAGAAGAAGGACAAGUAAAAAUGCAAUCACGGUUGGAGGAAGAGGAAGAAGCUAAGGCAGCUCUAAUGAGUAGAAUUCAAAGGCUCACAAAGCUAAUACUUGUUUCUUCGAAAAAUACAAUUCCUGGAUUGACAGAUGUAUCUGCUCAUCAACGGAGUUUAUCUGCAAAUGAGGACGAUAAUGGUUCUCUGGUACCGCAAAGCGAGAAUCAAAACGAUUGCCCAUCAGAAAUAUCUUAUGAGCACAAACACAGAAGAGAUUCCAGCAAUAUAUCAGCAGCUGGUAGCACCAUCACAGAAUCAACUCAAGCGGGUGACCUUAUUAAUGGUUCUGCUGCUGGUGCAAAGCUGCCUACAGGUGUAAUCUCGAUAGAUCAGAUGGACCUUCUAGUGGAGCAAGUUAAAAUGCUUGCAGGAGAGAUUGCAUUCAGUUCAAGUACAAUGAAACGUUUAGUAGAGCAGUCUGCAAAUGAUCCCGAGAGCUCAAAAGCACAAAUAGAAAACUUGGAAAAAGAAAUUGAAGAAAAAAGAAGGCAAAUGAGGGUAUUGGAAAAACAGAUUAUCGAAAGCAAUGAAGCUUCAAUUUCUAAUACGUCGUUGGCGGAUAUGCAACAUACAAUGAUGAGAUUGAUGACACAAUGUGACGAAAAGGGGUUUGAGCUUGAGCUCAAGACAGCAGACAAUCGCAUUCUCCAGGAACAAUUACAAAACAAGUGUUCCAAAAAUAAGGAGCUGCAAGAGAGAAUAACAUUGCUUGAACAACAGCUGUCUGUAGCCCAGAGUGAGAAAACCCUUCAUGGAUCUGAAGAAUACAUUGAUGAACUGAAAAAGAAAAUUCAAAUUCAGGAAGUAAAGUACGAGAAAUUAAAGCUGGAGAAUGUCCAGAUUCUAGAAGAAAACAGUGGAUUAUCGGUACAGAAUCAGAAACUAUCUGAAGAAGCAUCUUACGCAAAAGAGUUAGCAUCUGCUGCCGCUGUUGAACUAAAAAAUUUAGCCAAUGAAGUCACCAAACUCUCACUUCAAAAUGCAAAACUCGAAAAAGAAUUGGCAGCUGCUCGUGGCAGUAACCGUCCAAAAACAGGUCGAAACGGACGGAUGAUACCGGGUCGGGUCAAUGACGAGUUUGACUUAGAAGAUUUGAAAAGGGAUUUGCAGGCAAGGAAGCAACGGGAAGCAAGCCUUGAGGCUGCAUUGGCUGAGAAAGAACGUCUAGAAAAUGAAUACAGGAAAAAAGCUGAAGAGUCAAAGAGAAAAGAAGCGGUUUUGGAAAAUGAUUUGGCUAACAUGUGGGUUUUUGUUGCUCAGUUGAAGAAAGAGGUUAAAGAAUCGAAUAUCAACGGUGAAGAAGGACGCGGUGAAGAAAAUGAAAAUGUGAAUGAACUAAGAUCAGAUGAUGGUGAUGUAAAUAAUCCGGUUGUUAAAGAAAGCGAUGUUUUGGAUGUUCAAGAAGUAACUCAUGAUGAUGCUAAAGAAAGUCAAGUUUUGGAUGUGCCAAAGGAAGAGCCCCUUGUUGCUCGUUUGAAGGCUCGGAUGCAAGAAAUGAAGGAGAAAGAACUCAAUUACAAUGCGCAUAUUGAUGCAAACUCUCAUGUAUGUAAAGUAUGUUUUGAAUCACCUACUACAACAAUGCUUCUUCCUUGCCGCCAUUUUAGUUUGUGUAAAUCUUGUUCUGUUGCCUGUUCCGAGUGUCCAAUUUGCCGGACAAAGAUUGAUGAUAGAAUUUUUGCUUUCACCUCAUGAUGUAUGCAAAUCACCUCCUACAUAAAUGAAGGAAUCGUCCGUCCAUCAUUCACCUGCUGGUUAUAUUUUGUGUCACAUAGUGGGUGUCAUUCUUUAAUUGGUAAAACUGUAUACUACAACUAUUGAAAAGGUAUAGUACCAUUUUCUAGUAAAUGGGUUGUAAAAUUAGAAACCUUAAAAAACUAUAAUAGAGAGAGGGCCUUGUUUGAUUCUAUUCCGAUGUAUAAAGGGAAAAUUACUAAAAUGGCUCUGUUGACCAUAAUAAAGCUUAUGUGGCCAUUGACUUUUUUAUCCAACGAAAA